AUGAUCCACGGUCCAGAUGGAUUCUGCCUUGCUUUCAACAACCUCGCAGAUACGAUAUACGUCCCAAGAUACAUCCCACGAUUUCCUCGAUUCUUCUGUGCACACUUUCACACAGCGGAAGGAAGCGAAGACCGCAUGGUGAUCAAGAAGUCGCGAAUCGAUUCAUUUGGUCUAAGGGCACUGGCUCAAACGAACUUGGAAGAUUAUCCCGACCUGGACGAGCUUGUCAUUAAAAUUCAUUUCAAUGCUCCUCCCAUCGACGAUCCAAACGAGAAGGUCUUUCUUGUUGGGAAGGAUGAAUUCGAUUUGAUGGAGAAUUGGGAGGAGGUCAAGCCACGCUCGGUCUAUGAUGUUGACGUCCCCGAGCCUGAGGACAGGAAUUUCUGCGUUCCCAUCACCCCAGAGACCUUGGCUACAACAGCCAUCAAUCCAAGGGUUAUCUCUUUGGCUACUGAGCCUUGCUCUGAUGACAAUGCUUGUUGCUACAAGGCUCCAAAGAGGCAGCCAUGGCGUAGACGACGUUUCAGGGCAGCUGGGUGA